AUGUUUUUGGGGCUGCCUUCCAAUCUUCUAGUCUUUUACAUUUUCUGCAAGAAGGCUCAUAGCAGACUGACCCCAAAUCUCAUCUACAUGAUUAAUCUUUGCAUCACUGACCUUGUGUUUAUAAUGUUUUUACCCAUAAAAAUUAUGGAAACUUACUUCUCUGGAUGGACCCUUCCAGAGAUCCUAUGUCCGAUUUACAACUUCCUCCACUUCGGCACAAUCUACACAAGUGUUUUGUUCCUCACUGCUGUAAGCGUUGGUCGGUACCUGAGUGUGGCUUUCCCAAUUAAGUACAAGAUCUACAAGAGACCCAUAUAUUCUUUCUUCAUUUGCAUUAUCCUGUGGGCCCUUGUGUUUCUCCAUGUGUCUUUUGUGUUCAUUUUGGAGACGAACCAGAACGGCUAUCUUGAACUGUUUCUUUCCAAAGAAAACGAUAAAGUGGUCUGUUAUGAAAAUUUUACUCCUAGUCAGCUUGAUUUCAUCAUACCAGUAAGAUUGGAGUAUUCAAUUGUCCUUUUCUUCCUUCCUCUGGGCAUUACUAUAUUUUGCUACACUCGUUGCAUUCAGAUACUGAUGAGAUGCUGCAUGCACACCAAGCACAAGAAGAAAGCCAUUCGAGUUGCAGUCACAACUGUGACUGUUUUCAUAGUAUGCUUUGCCCCUUAUAAUAUUUCACAUAUAGUGGGCUUUGUUAUCCAUGAAAGUGUAUGGUGGCGCAAAGUGGCACUCCUGCCCAGCACCUGCAAUGCCUUUCUGGACCCCCUCAUUUUCUACUUCUUGUCAUCGACAGUUGAUAAAGGAUUUUACCAAGCCUGGAAGUCUUUGCGGAAAAAAUACAGCAAGUCAAAGAGGAAGCUCUCGUUUGUUUUUGGAAAGGAACCUCCAGACCACACAAAGACACCAGCUAUAAAAACUAUUAGAUAG